UCGAAUUUUUCCAACGAGAUUUGUUCAACUUUCUUCGACUUUCUUGUUCAUUUCAUUACUUUUGUAUUUGUGUUUAUUUGGCGAUCGUUGCAGUGUUUGCUUGCUAUCAAGGAUGUCUGCAUCGCCGUAUCACAUCUCGUCCUUAUUGGACAAGAUGACAUCCAAUGAUAAAGAUUUUCGUUUUAUGGCAAUCAAUGAUCUGAUGGCCGAACUUCAAAAAGACUCGAUAAAGUUGGAUGAUGAUAGUGAACGCAGGGUUGUCCAUAUGCUUUUGAAACUUUUGGAAGAUAAAAAUGGUGAAGUUCAGAACCUCACUGUGAAAUGCCUUGGUCCUCUGGUUGGCAAAGUUAAGGAAUAUCAUAUUGAGUCUAUUGUGGACAAUUUGUGUUCAAAUAUGUUAUCAACCAAUGAACAGCUUCGCGAUAUUUCUAGUAUAGGCCUGAAGACAGUAAUAGGGGAAUUACCUCCUGCGUCAUCAGCGCUAGCUGCUAAUAUUGCGAAGAGGAUUACUGGAAGAUUAACUGCUGCUGUCUUAAAGAGUGAUGAUGUGUCAGUUCAGCUUGAAGCUUUGGAUAUUCUGGGGGAUCUUCUCAGCAAAUUUGGUGGUCUGUUGGUCUCAUAUCAUCAGUCAAUCGAGCAGUCACUGUUUGCUCAACUCAAGAGCCCUAGACUUGCUGUGCGAAAAAGAUCCAUCAUUGCUUUAGGUUAUCUGGUCACAAGCGCGAACAGCAGUCUUUUUAUUGAGCUCAUCGAUUCCUUGGUCACUGAGUUGACAAAAAAUGAAACUCAUUCAACAACAAGAACCUAUAUACAAUGCUUGGGAUCAUUGUGUCGCCAAGCAGGACACAGAUUUGGGGAGCAACUUGAAAGAAUAAUACCCCUGAUUGUGAAAUAUGCGAAGAUUGAUGGAGACGACGAACUAAGAGAAUAUUGUAUCCAGGCAUUUGAAUCGUUUGUAAUACGAUGUCCGAAAGAAGUGACUUCUCAUGUUUCAAAGAUUACAGAACUUUGUCUGGAGUUUAUUUGUUUUGAUCCGAACUAUAAUUAUGGCAGCGAUGAUGAAGACGAGGACAGUAUGGACACCGAUGAUCAGGAGGACGACGAGGGGUCAGACGAUGAAGAAUAUAGUGACGAUGAUGAUAUGAGUUGGAAGGUUCGCAGAGCAUCAGCGAAAUGCUUGGGAGCAGUUUUAGGAUCACGUCCGGACCUUUUAACUGAAUUCUACAAAACUGUUUCACCUGCUUUGAUAGGACGAUUUAAAGAACGAGAAGACAGCGUAAAGUGUGACAUAUUCAACGCGUACAGAGCGUUACUACGACAGACCAGACCUAUUGCAUCAGCAUCGUUUGACCCUGAUGCUAUGGAAGAGGAAAACAGACCGUUGACUUUACUCCAAGCUCAGAUUCCCGCCAUUGUUAAAGCGAUACAUAAGCAACUUCGCGAAAAAAGUUUUAAAACGAGACAGGGCUGUUUUAGUUUAUUGACUGAACUUGUGAACGUGCUGCCGGGCGCUUUGUCAGAUCACAUCCCCGCUAUUGUGCCAGGAAUUCAAUAUUCUCUCGGCGAUAAAAACUCGACUUCGAACAUGAAGAUUGACACGCUGACAUUUCUCAGCUGUAUUUUAACUCAACAUUCACCGACCGUCUUUCAUCCACAUAUUUCUGUUUUACUACCGCCUGUAAUAGAUUCGGUCGGUGAUCCUUUCUACAAAAUCACCUCAGAAGCUUUGCUGGUCAUGCAGGAACUGGUUAAGGUUAUCCGACCGUUCAAAGGUGAAGCGAAGUUUGACUACAAGCCUUACUUUAAAGAGAUCUACACAAGUACGUUGUUUCGUCUGAAAGCCGCGGAUAUCGACCAAGAAGUGAAAGAAAGAGCCAUCUCGUGCAUGGGCCAAAUACUUCAUACCCUGGGAGAUGAACUAUCGUUCGAGUUAGGAACAUGUUUACCGAUAUUUUUGGAAAGACUUCGGAACGAAAUCACGAGACUGACAACGGUCAAAGCUGUCACGUUAAUUGCUGGGUCUCCGUUGAAAAUCGACCUUUCCAUCAUAUUGCCGGAGACGAUGCCUGUUCUGGCAACGUUUUUACGAAAAAAUCAUCGUGCAUUAAAGUUGGCAACCUUAAAUGCACUGGAUGUCCUGAUCACAAACUAUGGCUCAAAUAUUGAUUCUGUUGACAUUGACGGUGUGCUUGCUGAGGUUCCUCCUUUGAUAAACGAAUCCGACCUUCAUAUUUCACAGAGAGCGCUUGUUCUGCUCACGUCUGUUGCAAAACUUCAUCGGCAGAAUUUGGCGCAGGUUCAUGAUAGUAUUUUACCAAGCGCAGUUAACUUGGUGAGAUCACCGCUGUUACAGGGCGGGGCUCUGAUUGCAAUGCUAAACUUCUUGACCGAAAUCGUUAACGCUGGCGUCUCUCAUGUUGGGUUUAAAGACCUUUUUAGUAUGAUGGUAACACCGAUCUAUAAUGACAGCCCAGACUCACCCGUGCAUAAACAGGCUCUCCACUCAAUAGCAAAAUGUGUUUCGCUCUGACCAGCAGCUCUUCCUACACAACACAGUCGUCUCAUGAAUUUUUCUUUCCGUUCUUAAAAGAGCCCAAAAUCCACAGAUUCUCUUCGUCUGUUUUCGCUUCUGGCGCUUGGCGAAGUUGGGCGACAUGUAGAUCUUAGCAAUCAAAAUGACCUCGAGUCCUCAAUUCUGGAGUGCUUCUUAUCGCCUUCAAACGAAGUCAAAUCGGCCGCGUCGUUUGCCUUGGGCAACAUCGCAUCUGGAAACCUUCAAAAAUACAUGCCAUAUCUUUUGAACGAAAUUGAAGUCUCCCCAAAGAAGGAAUAUCUCCUGCUACAUUCUUUAAAGGAGGUGAUAAGUUGUCAGUCCGCUACCGCCGAAGAUGUCGAGGCAUUAAAACCAUUUAUAAAUUCAAUUUGGACAGUGCUGUUCAACCAUUGCGAGAGUAAAGAAGAAGGGACGAGGAAUGUGGUUGCCGAGUGUUUAGGAAAACUAACUUUGAUUGAUCCAACGACACUACUAGGCCAGCUGCAGUCCUAUCUCACCUCUCCCUCGCCUCAUUCGAGAAGCACUGUUGUUACUGCCAUAAAAUUCACUAUUUCAGAUCACCCCCAACCAAUUGAUCCACUGUUGAAGAACUGUAUUGGUGAUUUUCUCAAGACAGUCCAGGAUGAAGAUUUGAAUGUACGUCGCGUUGCAUUGGUAACGUUCAAUUCAGCGGCUCACAAUAAACCAUCUUUGAUCCGAGAUCUUCUUGACGCUAUCCUUCCUCAACUCUACAGCGAAACUAAAAUCCGGAAACAACUAAUACGUGAAGUAGAAAUGGGUCCGUUUAAACACACCGUUGACGACGGUCUUGAUAUUAGAAAGGCGGCGUUUGAAUGCAUGUACACGUUGCUGGAGACCUGCUUAGAUAAACUGGAUAUAUUCGAAUUUCUAACACACGUUGAAGAUGGUCUCAAAGAUCACUAUGAUAUCAAGAUGUUGACGUAUUUGAUGUUAGUCAGAUUGGCUAAUCUUUGCCCUAAUGCGGUACUCCAACAUCUGAACUCUCUCAUUGAGCCACUGCGGGCGACGAUACAGCAAAAAGUUAAAGCGAAUUCUGUAAAACAAGAAUUUGAGAAACAGGACGAGUUGAAACGAUCGGCGUUAAGAGCAACUGUCGCUUUACUCAACGUUCCAGACAGCAAAACUAAUCCGCUUCUAAACGAGUUCAUUUCACAACUUCGUUCAAACAGCGAGACAGCAAACAUGCUUGACAUGAUAAAGAAGGACUCGGGCUCAAGCAGUUCCGAUGCUAUGGACACCAGCUAAGUCCACGUCUUAUCAUAAAAUACUUCAGUCCCGCUUUGCAGGAGAAUGUCUGAAUGAAUUGAGAAACAUCGUGGAACUUCAAUCAAAAACAUGUGAAAUUGAACAGUUUUCAUGGAGAUUAUACAUAAAUUAGUUUUGCAUUUUCGCAAAUGUGUUGAGUUUGUGAAGAUAUAUAGGAAUUUAUGAAAGUUAUAAAAAUUUCGAUAUGAAUUAUGAUUGGAAUACU